CACUGACUUUGUUGCACCCAAAAAAGAGUACCAAAGUGGUCAUCACAAACUACAAGAAAAAAACUCAAGGCAAAAUAACAAAAAUAAAACAUUUCAUUCAAAAACUCCAAAAAAAAAAAAAUGUCUUCAAGAUUGCUUAUUCUUUUCACUUUCUUCCUCUUCUGCCUACUUGUUCAAGUCUCUUCUGAUAUUGACAUUGAAGACCACCAAAAUCAGGUGGUGAGAGGAGGUAACAGGAGACUCUUGCCCUAUGUUGAUUGUGGAGGACUAUGCAAAGUGAGAUGUAGCAGGCACUCAAGACCAAAUUUAUGCAGCAGAGCUUGUGGGACUUGUUGUAUGAGGUGCAAAUGUGUUCCUCCAGGCACUUUUGGUAACAGAGAAAUUUGUUGGUAAUGCUACACAGACAUGACUACUCAUGGAAACAAGACCAAGUGCCCUUAAUUUAUAAAGGCUACUAUAAGAAAAAAAAUAUAUGAGAAUAUGUGUUUUGAGAUUUUGAUGUAAUGUUGUGAUGGUGGUUUUCUUAUUUAGUGUAGUUGUGUCGUUUGGUAGCUGGUUAGAAUUAAUGAAUCAAUGUAUUAUUUUAUGUAUGUAU